AUGAUGUGGCCUCAUAUAUUAGCGGCGCUUGUAAUAUUCUACGUCAUCCUCGCAAAACUAAUGAACCACGUGAGUGCUAAUUUGGCACUGAACAAGCAGACGUACAGUAGCACCAUUUAUUCGGUCACUUCUGUAUCCUCCCUGGCGGUAGAUGGCCUGGACUACAACCCGGACCUGCCAGCCGACCAGACGUGUUUCAUGUCGUCGAGUAGGAUCGCAGACAGGCCUCCAUGCUGGUUCGCCGUCGACCUCGCUGACAGGUACAAGAUCAAAUCUAUCGUCAUGGACAUCAGCUACUUGAGUUCUUUGCUCAGCUCCCUGAACGCCGUUGACAAUAUGUACGGAGUGAACGCCGGCGUCACUGAUAUAAACCCUUCCCUGGUUGAACCGCAACUCGGCCAGUACAGCCUCUGCAACACGUACAACAAUGCCGUAUCGAAGUACACAAGUACGGUUUCUUUGGGAUGUUACUCCAACAUACCGGCCGGUCGGUUCGUCAUUGUCCAGCAAUCGAACACGAGUAUCGGAUAUUUGACCAUCUGUGAGAUCUUACUCAAUGGCACUAUAGCAGCUCGUUGGUUUUGA